UGCAACAGCUGCAGAGGAAGCAAUCAGCACUUAAAGAGAAAUUAUCAGGGAAGCAGUGAACAAACUCCAGCAAUUAAAUCUUGCAGCAUCUUUACAUGGAAUAAUGCGCUUCCUGAGAACCAGAGUGGAAGAGUUUGGACGAGGCAGAGCUCUCUGGUUCUUCCCUAUGAGUGGGAGGAUGACUGUGAGAUGAUUGACUGGGUGAUUGACCAAUAUGUGCAGGAGGAUUACAGCAUUUCUGCCUACUACAAGGGCAAGAUCAUUCUGACCCUAAAGGAUGCUUUGGGAAUCACGUCAGUGACUGCAGAUUCAGAAAACCUACCUAAAAGACUCCAGAGUCAUGUGUUUGAAACAAACAUCCCGGUCAUCCCAGAGCUCUGCUCCAAGUUAACUGUGACAGAUUGCCAGCCACCUGAAGAAGACUGUAACAGAGAAUCCCUAAAGCUCCAAAACUCAAGCCCUCUGCCUCCCUGUGAGAUGUCUGCGGAAUUAGUUAACAUUCUUCCUGAAGUAGGGCAAUCUGAUGAAUCCCAACCAGGAAGUGAAGAGCAGCAUUGCCAGGAGGAUGCAGACAAACAAUACCGGGAGAACACGGCCACACAAUGGCAGGACGAUACAGCCGAACAGUGCCAGGAGGAUGCAGACAAACAAUACCGGGAGAACACGGCCACACAAUGGCAGGACGAUACAGCCGAACAGUGCCAGGAGGAUGCAGACAAACAAUACCGGGAGAACACGGCCACACAAUGGCAGGACGAUACAGCCGAACAGUGCCAGGAGGAUGCAGACAAACAAUACCGGGAGAACACGGCCACACAAUGGCAGGACGAUACAGCCGAACAGUGCCAGGAGGAUGCAGACAAACAAUACCGGGAGAACACGGCCACACAAUGGCAGGACGAUACAGCCGAAAAGUGCCAGGAGGAUGCAGACAAACAAUACCGGGAGAACACGGCCACACAAUGGCAGGACGAUACAGCCGAACAGUGCCAGGAGGAUGCAGACAAACAAUACCAGAAGAACACGGCCACACAAUGGCAGGACGAUCCAGCCAAAUGGUGCCAGGAUGACAUGCCCAAACAAUGGCAGGAGAAUGCAGACAAACAAAGCCAGGAGAAUGUGGCCACACAAUGGCAGGACAAUGCAGCCAAAUGGUUCCAGGAGAACGCGGCCACACAAUGGCAGGAUGAUACAGCUGAACAGUGCCAGGAGGAUGCAGCCAAACAAUACCAGGAAAACAUGGCCACACAAUGGCAGGACGAUGCAGCCAAAUGGUGCCAGGAUGACAUGCCCAAACAAUGGCAGGAGAAUGCAGACAAACAAAGCCAGGAGGAUGUGGACAAACAACACCUGACGACCUCAUCAGUCUCCAUAAAGGAGAAAGAAACCCCAAGAUCCUUUAAGUAUCAAGAGCAUAGCUGACUGGAACAGCACCCUCAUUCCACACUUAAAAUCGAAAAUCUCUACCAAAUGGCCUGCUGUAAUUGUAAAGAGUUACUUGCGAG